CCAACCACAACAUUCAUCAAAAACUGAUAGCCGCAUAUUAUUAGCCUCUGGCUCUGUUUCAAAACUACACAGAAGAAACCCCACAAAAAACGCAGGCGGAAACCGAACCGAACGGGAACGGGCGGCGGUCAUGGUUUGCUUCUGUUUUCUGGUGGAUCAGAAGAGGAAAGUGAGGAGGAGUAAGCCGGCGGCCGGGAGUUGCUCCAGGUGCGGCAGCGGGGCCAGCGUCGCCGACAUGAAGACCGCCACCAGGUUCUGCCACGUGCCCUUCUACUGGAGGUCAUGGAAAGCCAUCAUCUGCACUUUCUGUGGAGCUGUUCUUCGCUCUUACAAUUGAGAUUUUUUUUUUUUUUGAUUUUAUUUUAUGUUAGCUUCAGUUUGGUUCCCAGAUAGAUCUAGUUCUGUUGGGUUUUUUCUUCUCCUUUUUUGUUUUUUUGGUUUUUCCCUUCUGAAUCUGAACUCAGAGGGUAUUUUUGAGGGUUGUUUUUCUGCACAUAAGGAUAAAAAGUGGAGUUUAUGGAGGAAGAGAUGUAGUAAUCGUUUAUUUGGUAGAACCAUAGAAAUUUCUCUC